GGUAAGUUCGAAAUAAAAGCUCGACUUGCUUAUCUUUUGCACUUUGUAUUGCUUGUGAAAUUGUUAUUGGAUUUGAUUAUCUGAUCUUGGCAUUAUUUCUUUUGGCGUUUUACAAUUUCGUUACGGCGGAUUUAUUGAGACAAUGCACCUUUUUGUUCAUUUCAGUAUAAGCCUAAUAUAUAAAUGCCUAAUAUUUUGAAAUAUAUUUUGCAUUAAUUACAUUUAUUGCUUGGUUUGGAUAUUAGAGCAGCCCUAAUGUCAUGAAACGCGAAGAUUUUUAUCAUAAUUGUGAUUUUGCGGAUUAGUAUCUCAAAACGUGCAUUUUUCUUUCCUGGGAUGUAUGAUUAUCUAGUUAAUAAUUUGAUGGGACGUUAUUAUGGGGAUGGAUCUUGUUUGGAUAAUCUAGAUGGUCUAGAAUUUUCAAUUAAUUAUUGAUGCGGAUUGGGUGAAUAGUUAUAUUCUGUAUAAUUGUUUCUCCUUUCGAUGUACCUUAUUUAAUUUUCACCUGAUAUAUUGCUUUUACUUGCAUUCCAUUGUGAUAAACAUGGAUGUCCUUGAAGUGUUUUCACUUGACUUCUGUUGUUGGAAUUUUCUACUAUGACCAGGCCUCAACAUUCCUUCAAUAUAAUAUCUGAGGAUUUAUUGUGUUUAAUAUGUUGAAAUUUCUUAUAACUUUAUUUACAUAUGUUGGUGCCUUCAAUUCUGUUAUCCCUUGCUGUUUGGAUUCUGAGUUGAAGACUGAUUGAUUUAAUGAUUUAGAAUUUAGUGUAUAUUUUAUUCCUUAGUUUAGAGUUUUCUUAAUUAUAAGAUGAAUUUUUUUUUUGUAUGUGCUUAAUAUUUUUUGUGAUUUUAUUACUUCGUGUAAUUGAUUGAUGAAUUUACAAAUGAUUAUGAUUUGAAGCGAGCCAAGUGAUAUGUGCAAUACCGAUUAGGGGUGUGAUAGUUGAUCGGUUUUGCACGUGUGAUUCCUAUAAGGAAUAAUUGGUUUGUGAAUGGCAAUGUUCUUUUGUCACAUUUUUUUUGUUUGUUUUCUCUAUUAUAUUUCGGAUCAUAUUGACGUGUUUUUCGCGUUUGAUGGAAACAGUGAGUCUGAUGUCCCUUGUUUGGUUGCUAUUCGGGUGUUGAAUAUAGUUUACAUCUCUUUGGCGAAUUCAGAUUGGAGAUGUUUAUUCUGUGAUUUUAGCUGUGCUGAAAUUUAAGAUCAAUUAUUAAAUAUAGUUAAUAAUUAUAUUAUAACUCGUUUCGGCGUACGAGUUUAUUAAGUUAAAUUUUGACUAAGUGUUUAUCUUGUCAUAAAUUGGAGCAUAUCUACAAUGCCUAAUAAAAAUAAGAAAAAGGAUAAAAAUCAAAAAUUGGAUAAAAGUGAGAAAUCUAAUAACCAGUUGAAUGUAUCAAAGAGACCUCAUUCUGAAGUCUCUCCGGACAGUAGUCCUUCUUCGGUAGGAGAAAUGUCUACUGAAUCUUAUGAAUCCACGAUUAAUGAAUCUAACCCUAUUCAGGUACAGUCUCAAAGUAUUCCGAUAGCUCAGUUAUUGGAACCGACAGGCUUAGGUGUCACUACCUCCCAACCUCCUUCACUCUCAAUCAGCCCAGGAUUGAUUUCAUCAGACUUAGUACAAUCUGCAGAGGUGCCCCAGGUCCAUCCGUGUGCUGACCUGGGGGGUAAAGUCCUUCCCCCCUCUCAGACUAUGACGGUUGGCUCUUUAGUGGGACAUAGGCAGCAAUCUACGCGCUCUCAGUUUGUCAACUCGCAAAGAGGUAAUAAAUAUUCGUCAAAUAGUCUUCCACCUUUCGUGGUCCACAUGGAAGGUAUUCCUGAUACUCCUGAGUCCAAUUUGGGAAACUUGCAUCCCAUGAGUCUGGGUAGAUCGUUAUGUUCUAAAUUUAAUCAUGUAAAGGAAAUUAAGAGACUUGGGAGAAAUAUCAUUAAAAUAAUUUUCACUUCAUACAUCGAAGCUAAUAAGUUGGUGGAUACUUCCCCUGGCCUUUUUAAGGAUUCAAUUGCUUACAUUCCUAACUUUUGUAUAUAUAGAGUAGGUGUAGUCAGGAAUGUUAACGUUGAAUUAUCGGAACAGGAAAUUUUGGAUGGAAUUACAUGGCAGGACGAACCGGUUAGGAUUCAUAAAUUAGAGAGACUUAAAACAAGAGACCCAUUGAAUCAUGAGUCUCUUACUGAUACUCACUCAAUUAAGGUAUGGUUUGAGGAUAAUUUGUUAUUGGAGCAUAUUUAUAUUUGGAGAGUUAAAUGUCCAGUCACUCCGUUCAUUAACAGAGUUAGGAAGUGUCUCACCUGCUCCAGGUGGGGUCACUCUGCUUAUGCAUGCAGGGGGACCCCCACUUGUAGCAGAUGCGAUGAAGCUCAUAAAUCCGAGACUUGCUAUAGUAUUUCAGUUAGGUGUGCUAAUUGUAAAGGGAAUCACCAGUCAUUUGAUGUUAAGUGUCCGAUAUUCGAAAAAUUUAAGAUUAUUAAUAUAAUCAUGGCAUAUAUAAUAAUAUUGCAAUACUGAUAGGAGAAAUGCAAUUAAAUUGCUUAAAAUUAAAAAUAUCACGACCCCAAUAAUGGCACAAAACGUAUUUAGAUCUUCUGCUUUUAAGGGUUGGCAUCUUACUGACCCUGAUAGAUUCGUUAUAAAUGAAAAAAGAAAUUUCAAACACCAAAUACCACAUGUAAACUUGGAUAAAAAACAUGCAACUGUUAAAGAUUCGGUAAAUAUUAGUGUUGUUCCUUCCAAUAAGACGAAUCAUAAAUCUAAACGAAUUCGUAUGAACAGUGAACCAUUUACUGGGUCUAUGAGGCCGGAUAAUUUAAAGUCUCAAACUCAUGAAAUGCCUUUUUGGAGGAAAGACUCUUUAGUUAGUAUUAAUACAGAUAUUCCGGAUAAUUCCCAUAAUUCUGUGUCGGAUAAUCCAUAUUUACAUCGAGCAGCUUUGGCUACUAAUUUCGAAGGAUCCGUAUCCAGUUUGGAUGAGGGUUCUGUGUUAAAUAAAUUAAAUACAAUUAAUUCACAUGAAAUUUCUCAAGACUUUAGAAGUCAACCCUUAAUGGGGAUUAUAUUGAAUGAUAUUUACAUGUUAUUGAAAGAAAAUAAAAGUUUCUCUGAUAUAAAAGAUGAAAUUCUUAACUAUAUUUAUAAUAUAAAAUUUUAAGUAGUUCCUUAUAUAUAAGUUGCAUUUAAACUAUAUUUAUUCAUCUGAUAAAUUCAUCUGUAUAUUUAUUGUUUUAUCUUUUAGUUUCCUUUUUAGUGAUCAUAUAUUUAGUUAAGUGGCUCUUAGUCUCGGUCAAGUCCUCUUUCAAUAGAUUAUGGGAAUAAAAGUUUUGCAAUGGAAUUGUCGUGGUUCGCAUGGAAAGUUUGCUGAAAUUUCUAACUUAAUUUUGAGUUAUGACAUAGUGUGUCUACAAGAGACUUGGUUGAAGGCUGAGGAUUAUUUCAACUUUAGAGUUUGCCACUUUUAGAGGUGAUCGAUUAAAUAGUAUAACUGGUGGUGGUGUAGCCAUCACGCAAAAGAUCUUUGGAUCCUAUUAGUAUUUCUAUCUCUACACUGCAAGCCCUUAAUAUUGAUAUGAUUAUGAUUAAGAUUAAACUAAGGGAUACUUUUUUGUUUAUCACAUCAAUUUAUAACCCGCCCAGUAAUAAUACUAAUAAGUCCAAAUGGAAAUUAUUGUUUAAUUAUCUUUCUCGAAUAUGCUCUCAAUAUCCUCUCUUGAUCUGUGGGGAUCUUAACGCUCAACAUGCAAGUUGGGGUUCCUCAUUGUCCAAUUCAUGUGGAAAUGCUCUCAAUGAAAUCAUUGGUUCAUCUGAUUUUGUCUAUUUAAACGACGGUUCACCUACAAGAGUAUCAGCUAAUCCUAAUCAUUAUAGCGUCCCAGACUUGUCCCUGAUCUCAUCUUAUUUUAGUUCGCACUGUUCUUGGACUUUGUUGGAGGAAUCACUCGGGAGUGAUCACAUACUUAUUGUAAUAAACAUUGAUUUUGGUAGUAAUGUUCAGAAUUAUGUAUAUAAUCGACCCAAAUUAAUUUAUAAACAUUUUAAUAAACUUUUAUUUUCAAAGUUUUGUGACGAGUUCUUUAGUAGUAUUACUGAGCUACCAGACAUGGUAGGUAGUGAAAUAUAUGAUUUAUGGUACUCAGGUGUUAUAAAUUGUGCUUAUAAAGCAGGUAUCAGGUCAUCGGACAAGAAGGGUAAAAUUAAAUUUUUUGAUAAUAAGUCUAGCAAAUGGAAUUUUUAUAGACCUGUUUCCUUUAAGGGUAUCUCUAGUAAGCCUUGGUGGGAUGCUGAAUGUUCUAUGGUGAUCGCUGACAGACUUAAGGCAUUUAAGACUUUAAAAAACCACCCAAAUAGAUUAAACUUACUCGCAUAUCGAGAAGCUUCUAAUGCAGCUAGAAAAUUAAUUUCAAGGAAAAAGUCACAAAAUUUUAAAAAUUUUGUCGAAGCAAUAGAUCAUAAUCUCAAUUCAAAUACUUUUUGGAAUACUAUUAAUAAGUUUAAGAACAGUGCUUUUUUCCAUUCAAAGGAUCAUUUUAAUAUUUCUAGGCUUGAAAAAAUUGAAACAGUUAUUAAUAAGGUGGCACCACAUUGGUGUGAUGCCCCUUUCUCAAAUAUUCAACAGUGCAACUCAAUCUCAUUGUUUGAUGAACCAUUCCAGUUUCACGAGCUUUGCGAUGCGAUCAAGGCCUCUAGGUGUGGAUCUGCGGCAGGUCCGGAUCUUUUGGACAAUCGUCUCCUUAGAGAGUUGCCUUCUUCUGCAUUGAGGAUUUUACUUCUAUCUUUUAACACUAUAAUUGCAGAUGGUUCGUUUCCUCCCUCAUGGAAGAAAUACGAUAUAACGUUGAUUCCGAAACCUGCCAACAAAGGUUAUAGGCCGAUUUCUCUAGCUUCGUCCACUUUGAAGAUUUUUGAAAAACUCCUUAAUAAGAAAUUUGAUAGAUUUAUUGAGCUGGAGAUGAUACUUCCUUCGUCCCAGUGCGGCUUCCGCAGAGGCCGCUCUGGAGAUGAUUGUUUAUCUAUCCUUAAUAUUGAUAUCUAUAAAUCAUUCAUGAAGGGAGAAAUGGCUGGAGCUCUGUUUCUUGAUAUCGAGGGAGCAUACGACAAUAUUAUACCUCAGAUUUUAUUUAACAAUCUAAAUCAAUUGAGAUGCCCGAGGGUUAUAAAGCCUUCUUCCUGAAUUUUCUUAAGCCUAGAUCUGUUGACUUUUUCGAGUCGGGUCAGUUUAUUUCUCGUCGUCUGAUAUGUAAAGGUCUUCCGCAGGGAUCGAUAUUGAGUCCCAUCCUAUUUAACAUCUACAUCAGUGACUGUUUUAAUCAUAUCUCUCAUGAAUGUUUGUCACUCCAGUAUGCGGAUGAUGUGGUUAUCUAUUCCUUGGAUAGAUCGUAUGAAAGAAUACUACAUAGUCUUCAGUUGUCUUUUGGUAGGUUUUCUGGGUGGCUUGAGAGUCUUAACUUUAACAUUUCUUUGCCUAAGACUCAAUUAAUCAUUUUCCAUAGGAGAAGAUCGGUAUCUUUUCCGGACUCAGUUCGGUUUAAUGAUGAAUUAUUGCAGAUUAGGAGACAAAUUAAAUAUCUCGGUCUCAUAAUGGAUUCAGGUCUAAGAUGGAAUGCUCAUAUAACUUACGUAAAGGAUAGGACUAGUAAAUUUAUCAAUAUUCUUAAAUGGAUAGCAGGCUCCACCUGGGGUAUCAAUCCCAUAUGGUGUAUUAACUUUGUUAACGCUACUGUCAGGGCUCAGAUAGAGUGGGGAUCCUUCUGGUAUGUCAACUUGGCGGGUUCCUACUUUUCCAGGAUUGAGAGACUUUUGGGACUAGCAUAUAAGAUCGCCAUGGGAAUUCCUCGAUUCUCUCCGAACAGAGUAGCAUGGAAAUUCUCCAACCAAAUUUCUUUACGCAGAAGAAUCACACAGUUAUGUGAUAAAUAUGUUUGUAAAACCAUUCAACUAAGGAAAACGAGAAUUAUAAAUAAACUGAAAUUUCUAACGAAUUUUGUACAAUCACGAAAUAUAGCACCUCGAAAUAUUCCCUAUAUUCUUGGUAGGUUCAUUGAGAUUUAUAGAUUCUCUCACUUAUUAUAUUUAUGGGAUUUACAUCCGGCCUAUUCAUAUCCAUUAAAUAUAAAUCAGAUUGAGUUGAAUAUUGAUACACGGUCAGGUAGAUUAGCUUUAUCAUGCGGGGACACGAAUCGGGCCUUCUUGGGCUUGAUAGGCCUUAAAUCAGUCUCCGUGGAGGAGAUUAGAAUAUUUACUGAUGGUUCUCGUUUGACUUCCAUGGGGGGAGGAGUCUAAAGUGGGAUGUGCGAUUUGGAUCCCUAAGGUUGGGAUCACUCUUAAGUUCAAACUGAAUUAUCUCACCAGCUCUUUUGCUGCGGAGGCGUUUGCUAUUACAAAAGCAAUUGAUUUUACAAUUCAUAGUGGGUUUAAUUAUGUAAAUAUUUGUACAGAUUCCUUGAGUUGUCUUAGUGCGAUUGAGUCAGGAGAUUUCCGCCAUUUUCCGUUGUGUAACCUGAUAAGGGACAUCAAGGUCAGACUUCUACAUGCUGCUUCAAUGAAGAAAUCAAUAAGAUUCACGUGGUGUCCUGCACACAAGGGUGUACAAGAUAAUGAAUUGGUAGAUAACGCGGCUAAGGAAGCUGCCCUUUUGGAAAAAAAAAUCCGACUAAUAAAAUAGAUUAUAAACAAGCUUUAUCCUCUAUGAAAGAAUUUUAUAUGAAAAUAGAUGAGAAUUUUCUAACUAGCAUUAACAUAGGUACGGGAGAAAGAUAUAUGUCUUUUUUAUCAAAUAUAAAUAUUAACUUCCUUGGAAAGAAAAAAUGUAAGUUUAAGAGAAAAAAUUUAACUCUCCUCAAUAGAGUGAUUACUGGAUAUGCUUAUUCUCAGAGCUUUUUUUUUAAGAUUGGUGUUUCUCAGUCUUCAGCCUGCGCUUGUGGCUUUGAUGACCAGAAUUUGGAUCAUAUUUUUUUAUCCUGCCCAUUGCAUGAUUUUCCUAGAUUGUUGUUAUUUGAAACGUUUUUUGCUGAGGGUCUCAUGGCCCCCUUUUCUAUAAUUUACAUUAUUAAUAAAAAUGUAACGAGCGCGCCGCGGAAAUGAAAGACACUUUUAAACUCAAGAAAACCAAGCAGCUUUUAUUAGUGGGUCCGACAAGGCUCGAGACCGAGAUAAGACUCGUUGUUGACAAACGUUACCAAGAGCAUGACAAUUGACAACGCUCUUGGUAAAAUCAAUAUAUCGAUCGGCUUCGGAACAGCUGAGUCGCAGUCGCGGAGUAUACCGGGCGACGCUCGUAACACUGCUCCCCCUCUUCAAGAUUGUCGUUCCGACAAUCCGGGGAGCAGUUUUCCUGUUACUUCAAGAAGGCCCCAUCGGCUUCCAGGACGAUUUCCUUGUCCUUAAUCGGACCACGUCCAACCGAGACGACCCUCCCAGUAAGGGCUUCUCCGGGCACUCUUCCUCGCAGAGUUAGCCAGACUCCCACGCGGAAUUUUUCUGCGCCGGCUCCCUUUUCCGUCCCCGUGCUCCUCUCCUGCCGUGAAGCUUCCUCUUCGCCCGAUCUUGUGCGCUUCUUGUUUCUUUUUUCGGGAUCAGGGGGGGAAUUUACUUCCACGGACCCAACGCUCUAAGAGCUCCCUGCCCCCUGCCUCGGCAUUUGCCCAAUGUCCCACGGAAAAACCGUGGUCAAAAAACCGUGGGCGAGGCAGUCUUCUUAAAAAAAAAACUUUCCUCCUCACCUCGAGAAGCAGCUCUCAUGCGUCCGCACCUCUCAGCAAAAUUACUGAAAAUAAAACAAAACAAGCAGAACAAGAACACACACACAAAAAAAAACGGAAAGAACUUUUUUUUUUCUUUAAGCAAAAACGAUAGUUGCGUCCUAACGUACUCAAUAAAAAAAAAAAAAAAAAAAAAAA